AUGACAAUGAUUGUAAAAGCACAAUCGCAACAAAAUACGAAACAGACGACAGAAUGCAUCACGGGAAUUAAAAGUUUUGGUGCAGUGCAUUCUGGGAAAAUGAAGAAGCUCGGAGAAAAAGUUUUGUCGUCAGGAAUGUUGAGCCAGGUACUGCAUUCAGUAAGGUCUAGGUGUGGGUGUCGACAGUUCAGCAGCAGUGUAGCACAUCGGCAGAAUGAAGUUUCUGCAGACACAAGUCGCCCCAAGACAGGAAUUAUGAUGUUGAACCUGGGUGGUCCUGAGACACUUGAUGAUGUUCAUGACUUUUUGCUGAGAUUGUUCCGGGAUAAAGAUCUGAUACCUCUCCCUGCUCAAAGCCAAUUAUCGAAAUGGAUAGCCAAGAGAAGAACACCAUCUAUUAUAGACCAGUAUAGAGAGAUUGGGGGAGGCUCUCCAAUAAAGAAAUGGACUGACAUCCAAGGGGAGGGCAUGGUGAAGAUCCUAGAUAAGAUAUCCCCAGAGACAGCCCCACACAAACAUUAUAUAGGGUUCCGCUAUGCUAAUCCCCUCACUGAAGACACUAUUGAACAAAUGGAAAAGGAUGGUAUAGAGAGAGCAAUCGCCUUCACCCAGUACCCACAAUAUAGCUGUUCUACAACAGGAAGUAGUAUCAACGCUAUCUACCGUCACUAUCAGGCACGCUCAGAGCCAACUAACAUGGCUUGGAGUACAGUGGAUAGAUGGCCUACACACCCAGGCCUUGUGCAGGCAUUUGCUGAUGUCAUCCGUACAGAGAUAGAGAGAUUCCCUGAAGAAGACCAGGAUGACGUCAUUAUAUUGUUCUCUGCACAUUCCUUACCCAUGAAGGUUGUGAACAGGGGUGACCCCUACCCUGCUGAGGUGGCAGCUACCGUGUCUCGUGUAAUGGAUGCUCUUGGCCACAGUCAUCCAUACAGGCUGGUCUGGCAGUCUAAGGUUGGCCCACUUCCUUGGUUAGGUCCCCAGACAGAUGAAGUAAUCAAGGGAAUGGUGAAGAAUGGCAAGAAGAACUUAUUGAUGGUUCCCAUAGCUUUCACCAGUGAUCACAUAGAAACCCUCUUCGAGUUAGACUUAGAGUAUGCUCAGAAUCUUGGUUCUGAGGUGGGUGCUAAGAAUAUCAGACGUGCAGCUGCCAUGAAUGACCACCCAGUAUUUAUUCAGGCGCUGGCAGAUAUAGUGAAAGACCACCUAGUCUCUAACAAGGCAUGUACAAAUCAGCUGUCUCUGCGUUGCCCUCUGUGUAUAAACAAAACAUGUGGACCUGCUAAAGGUUUCUUCACCAAGCAACAAGAUGUGCUUGAUGCCCUAAAACUGAAGGAUCAGGAGAGGAUGUCAGCAACUGCAUAGUUUCAUGUACUUUUAGUAUAGAAACUGUAUAGGUUCAUGUACCCAUCUAUACUUCUUACAGAUAACUGUAUACAUAAUGCAAUAAACACAUCGUGGAAAACAUUCUUAUAAAGAUUAUAGUUGAAAGACUAGAAUCAGAUUAUUAUAAAAAUGUUCAUCAUUGGUUUAAAUGAUGGUUUAUUACAGUGGACAGAGAAAUAGACACGAGUGUACUCAAAAAUUACAAUUCACACCAUGACAAUUUCUCUAAAUAAUGCUAAGAUACAGAUCUGCAAGUCAAUUGUUAUCUAGUGCAUGGUGUUUGUCAUAGACAAAUAAUUCUGUUGCAGAUUUCUAGUUUUUGAUACGUUUGAGGAACAGACAAGAUCAUGUACAAUGUACAAGUACAUAUCACAUAUAGCCUGUUAUCAUUAGUGACCCUAAACUCAAUGAUCCUUGGUCUUGGAAUUCUAUUUUGGUAGUAUUUAUGAAUUAACCCAUCACAUUCUUGGCAGUGUUACAUUCACCUGCUAGUGAAAUCCAGUGUGAAGUAGCCUACAUGUAGUCAUAAGUAUUACAUCCAUAAAUUCUCAUACUCUUUUUCUAAAAUCGAUGUAUCACUUUAAAUAUGAAUUAUUUUAAUAAUAUAAUUUUAUAAAACUGAUAAUCAAUGAUCAUGUUAUUAAAGAUUGACACAGGGUAAAAUAUUCACAAAUGCUUAAUAUUUGUGAAGUUAGUUUAAACUCACUUUAAAAGUGAAGUAACUCUUAUGCAUACGAUUGGAGGUUAAAAUUUUAUUUUAUUUAAAAUUAACAAAUGUUAAUAUUCUAACAUCUAGUCAUAGCUUAACUAAUCAUAACUUUGAAUAUCUAGUAGAGUAAACCCUCCUAUCUGAACACUUUCAAGAUACAAUAUAUGAUUGUGUAUGUUGUUUAUUGUCACUAUUAUGAGAAUAUAUUGUUGAAAUUGUUUAAUAUUUGAAUGUAAAAUUCUAUAUUAUGAAUGAUGCAUAAAGGUUAUGGGAUUGAAAUAUAAUUUCAACAAAAAAUGUAAAAUUUGAAGUUGAAUAAAAAUGUAAAACUAAA